AGUGUUUGUGACAAAGAGUCGGUGGUGGGUCACGCCGGUACGCCGGGGGGCCACCGCAGCGCGUGCCGGGCGAUGCGUGGUGCGUCCAAGACGGCGACGCAGCUCAACAACGCGGCCGUGCCGCGCGAGGACGGAGGAGGCAUGAGCUUCACGGACGCCACUGCCGAUGUUGCAGGCGGCGGCGGCGGCUGGACUGCCGCCUGGGAGGACGCCCAGCGGAGUCGCACCUGGUGUGGGGUCUACAUGCCCUCAGUCACCAACGGCUUCUCGAGCCGGCGUCUGGAGCGUGGCUACCAGCAGUACGCCUCUCGGCAGCGGCGCCGCGGACUGGCCAUGGUGCACUUUGUCGACCUGCAGCUGAAGCUGGCGCUACUCAGCUGCUUCGCGCUGGUCCGAGACAGUCACGUCGACUCCAGGGUGAUCCUGUGGAUCACGGCGUGGAUCACCGUCAACCUGGUCUUCAUCGGGCUCAUCAUGUGGAAGAGAUUGGCGCGGCGCUACAUGUACCAGCUGGCCAUCUCGUCCUGGGUACUCAUGACGCUUCAAGGGUGUCUCUGUACCGGUCUAUGCGCCGGCUGGGCGGAUGCCGACAGUUUCAGCGCCCAGCUGAGGAUGAUCUGGUACAGCCUGAUGCUGGUCUACAUGACGUACGCGCUGAUGCCGCUGCCACUGCGGCUUUGCGUGCUGCUCGGCACCCUGACGGCGUUGAUACACAUCACACUGCUGCUGGUGCUCGCGGCGGAGCUGUGGUCCGGGUGGAGCGUGGUGGCCUCUCUGCUGCUGUUUCUGGGCCUGAACCUGGCCGGAAUGUACACACGGUUCCUGACUGACCGGAGUCAGCGGGGAGCCUAUCUGGAGACUCGCAGGGCCAUCGCCACCGCUCUGCACGCCCAACAGGAGAACGACAAGCAGGAGAAGCUCCUGCUCUCCAUUUUGCCCCGGUUCGUCGCUCUGGAGAUGAUUAGGGACAUCUCACGGAGUGACCAAGAGCCAUCGCCAACCGGCUCACCAGCCGAGGGCCAGUUUCAUAAAAUCUACAUCCAUCGCUGCGAAAACGUUAGCAUCCUCUUCGCAGAUAUCGUGGGCUUCACAGCGCUAGCCUCGCUUUGCAGUGCCAACGAGCUUGUGAAGCUGCUGAAUCGUCUGUACGCCCGUUUCGAUCACAUCGCACACGACACCAAUUGUUUGCGGAUAAAGCUGCUGGGCGACUGCUACUACUGUGUGUGCGGUCUGCCUACCUCGCGGCCGGACCAUGCCAUCUGCUGCGUGGAAAUGGGCCUCGGGAUGCUGCAGGCCAUCCACAGCGUCAGACAGACCCUGCAGGUGCCCGUCGACAUGCGGAUCGGCGUCCACUCUGGCUCCGUGCUCUGCGGCGUGCUCGGCCUGCGCAAAUGGCAGUUCGAUGUCUGGUCGGACGAUGUCACACUGGCCAACCAGAUGGAGGCGGGCGGCGUGGCGGGCCGCGUGCACAUCAGCCAGGCCACCCAGUCGUGGCUGGGUCACCUGUAUGACCUGGAACCGGGUCACGGCGCCGAGCGCAACUCAUUUCUCAGGGACCGCGGUGUGGAGACGUACCUGAUCCGGCGCACGGAGCCGCUGUUUCCGGGCCGCCGGCGGUCACACCGCUCCUCCUCAGCCCCGCUCUGGUCCGAGGUGGCUGCGCCGCCGAGCGCUGCCGCCGCCGCGCGCACCGCAGCAGAGGACGAGUACUACGAGUGGAUGCCCGAGAUCCCCUUCGAAAACGUAUCGAUGGGGACCGGUCCGCCGUGGGUGGAGGGUUUCUCGGGCCCGCCGGGACCGUCCGGCUGCACCGCUGACCCUGCUGAUGAGGCCACCAGCGAGGUGACUCAGUUCGGCACGACGGCCGGUGACGAGGACGAAGACCUGGAGAGUUUUCUGAGCAGUAGCGCAGAGGCAGAGAACCAGCUCCAGUACCGGCGGCUGCAGAUGAAGUCCUGCUCGCUCCGCUUCAGGGAUGAGCGCGACGAGGUGGAGUAUCAGAACACCAAAGGAGAUCUCUUCAAAUCAAGUGUAACCUGUGCAUGUGUAUUAUGGAUAUUUAUUUUGACAACGCAGUUCACGUUGCAAGUCACAGUGUAUUUAUCCGUGUCGAGUGUGGUCACCACCGCUGUGCUGUGCGUCAUUAUGCUGUUGGCUGUGGGUGAGGAGCUGACCGACAAGCAGUCCAUGCUUUAUAAGGUCUCGCGGAGGAUAAACCAGGAGCGCAGGUACCGGCUUCUGCUCACGUUCAUCUGUAUAUACACCAUGGCCGCCUCUUCCGUACUUGCUAUGCUUUCAUGUGAAGUGUCCUGCGCGGGUCCAUACCCGGACCCUGCGGCUGCCGGCGCCGCUGAGAUGCUGGACACCGUGCUGCAGCCGGCGCGGGCCGCCUCUCUCCAAGUGAACCUCUCCUCACUGACUGCCGGGAGCGGCGCCUGUUCGGCCGACCCCGCGGCCUGGGCAGCAGCCCUCUGCGGCCCCGCCAGCGACCCAGACACAGCCGCAUUCAUACGAACUCACUUCCUACCGUACUGCGUGUGUACGUGCCGGCCGUGCGACGGGCCGGGCCCGGCGGCGGCGGCUGUGGCCGCGGGUCCCGGCGAGUGCCGCCGGUUUGACCUGGUGACCUCGUGUCCGGAGCCGGAGUAUUACGUGCACACGUGGCUGCUGGUGAUGGUGGCGCUGGGCGCCUUCCUGCGGCUCGACUUUGAGGUGAAGGCGCUGAUGACGCUGGGCCUGGUGAUGCUGUACGUGCUGAUGGUGCUCGGCGCCUUCUCCGACGUCUUCCUCAUCGCCGAACUGUACGAGGGCGCGCGGCGGGAGUCGACGCUGACCACUCGGAUCGUCUCGCUGGUGGUGAUAUUCGCCGAGAUCAUCAUCUACCACGGACGACUGGGAGAGCUCACCGCGCGGGUCGACUUCCUUUGGAAACGACAGGUCCACGAGGAGCUGGUGACUAUGAACGAGUCACGUGAGAACAAUGCCCAGCUAUUGCACAACAUACUGCCGGGUCACGUGGUCAGCCAUUUCCUGUCGGCCCAGCGAAGUCCGGACGAACUGUACUCGCGGCAAUACGACUGCGUGGGAGUGCUGUUCGCCAGCAUACCCAACUUUGAUUGCUUCUACAGCGAGGACAUCAACAAAGGCCUCGAAUGUAUCCGGGUGCUUAAUGAAAUCAUAGUUGAUUUUGAUGAGCUCUUAGACGGCGAUAAUUUUGUGUACGUCGAGAAAAUCAAGACUAUUGGCAGCACAUAUAUGGCUGCGUCAGGUCUCAAUCCUGACUUGGAGAGUGGUGAGCGGCAAAUGCACCUUACUGCGCUCAUCAAUUUCGCCAUCGAGAUGAAAACUAAACUGAAGGAGGUAAACAAGCACUCGUUCAACGAUUUUCGGCUGCGGAUCGGUGCCAGCUGCGGGCCGCUGGUAGGUGGCGUUAUCGGCGCCAAGAAGCCCGUGUUCGACAUCUGGUCGGACACCGUGAACCAGGCCAGCCGGAUGGAAACCACCGGCGUGGCGGACCGAAUACAGGUCACCCAGACGCUGGCGCAGAUCCUGGAGUGCCAGGGAUUCGCCAUCGAGUCUCGAGGCGUGAUCCAGGUGAAGGGGAAGGGGCAGAUGGAGACGUACUUCGUCAACGAGUACACGGGCACGUGCAUGCGGCACCGACUGUGUCCGGCGGCGGCGACGGAGGGCGAGGACCCGGCGGCCGUCAGCCGGCAGGGCAGCACACGCCGCAACCUGGCCUCGGUGGUGUACGGCAUGGUGCAGAACCGGCGGCGGAUGACUCUGCGCUCAGUGUCUCGUCGCCAGCAGAAGAGGUCAUUUCAGACCCGUCGAAGACCACCGACGCUGGCACCCGGCGGCACUGCCUCGGCCCCGGGCAGCCCAGUGUUGUGAGGCGGAUCCGCCCGCCCCACCCCCGCCUGCACAGUCACCGCCGCCCGCCAGGAGCGGACGCCAUCGUCCCUCGUCAAACGGGUCGAACUUUCCACACAGAAGCCUCAUCGGAAGACGGUGGAAGAGUCAUCAGAACCACCGUCAUCAGAAGCAUGGUGUCCAGCUUUGGCGGCGGCGGUCGACCCGUAUCCUGCCUCGGCGGUGCCCCGUGUCCUCAGAGGUAGAAAACUCCGAGAGGGCGUGGGGACCGCACCCUUUGUACCGCUGCGCCGCUGCUAUCGGCGUGUCGUCGCCCUCAUUGUGUCAUAAUAAUAAAUAUCUAUUUGUGAGAA